AGAGAGAGAAAAGGAGUGAGAAAGCGAGAGAACCGAUAGCCCAUGCGGCAAGUGCGGGACAGCCGCAUCGCGGAAGAAACGUGGGAAAAUAUUAUAAAAUCCCAAAUAAAGCAGCACACACCUUUCGUGUGGGUUGGGUGGGCUUUUUGCUGAAGGAGGGAAAAAAGCGGCACAGUGCAGUGUGUGCGUGUGUGUGUGAAUAUAUUAAUGUGUGUGUGUGUGUUGUGUGGUGCUAAUAAAAUCGCAUUUUCCAACCCCGGCACUGAAAACUGAGUUUGGAUAAUUUAAGUACCACGGGGCCUCGCCUCGGGAUGGUGAAGCAGUGAAAAUACGGGGGCGCGACAGGCGACAGUGGUGGAGUAAUCUACAUACCAAUAACAUACAACUUUACCCCCUUUUUUAUCGGUGUUGUACGUUGUUUCGCAUUUAUUAGCAGACAGCAGCAGAAGCAGCAGUAGCAAACGGCAAGGAUACAUAUACAUUAUUACUUCUACACUACAUCGAGCGCGAGGCAGAACAAUUAAGCUGCGAACAGGGCAGAAAUAAAAGGUUUUCCAGUAUAUAGUACAUAAAGGCAGUAGCUGUAAGAGAAUCACAACCCCUACCCCGAGUCACACUACACGGCGUAUAUAGCUUCUACUAAUCAAUAUUAUCAUUACUACUGUUAUUGUAAAGAGUUCGUAGAAGUCAAAGGCAACGCGAUCGCUCAUACAUAUAUUCCGUAACCCGAUAGGCUUGUGUAUAUUUCAAUAAUUCAGUAGCAGUCACCGAACGAAACACAGCCAGCUGUUCACUAGUUACGGAGCUACACAGCCGUUUAAAUCACGUACGAGAGCAGGCGCCGACGUACACCCCGGGCUAGACACAUCCAUCCAGAAGCAAGCGGGUGGAAGAUUGGAAAAUUAAGCUCCUUCAUCUCCUACGCAAUAACGCGAGCGUAACAAUAGCGGAGCAGCAUGGAGUAGAAGCAAACCACACGAGAAAAAAAAACACUGCUGGCAAGAGUAAUAAGUGUUAAUACCUGCGAGGUACGUGUGGGACAGAGCGAAAAACAAAAACUCACAUCGAGAGAAGGAGUGCAAAAUUAAAUCCCUUUUCCGAUGAAAACCCAGCCAAGCACCGGGAGUGCUUUUAUAUAUGUAGCAAAACAAUAGCCAAACGAACGCAUUAUUACGGUGGAUACCGUAUAAAGCAAAGCAACAACAGCAGUAAGUGAAUCAGAUCAAGGGUGAGAUCAAGGGCUGAGUGACCGAGAGAGAGAGAGAGAGAGAGAGAGAGAGAGAGAGAGAGAGAGAGACAGAAAAAAAAGAGUUCCCCCUUGUUGGAUAAAAGUUUGUGGUAAUUUUUUGGACGAGAUCAUCGAAUUUUGUGUAACGAAAGUCACGGGCGCAAAAGGCAAACACUGCCCCGGAGCUGUAGCACAUUGAAAAAUAAGCGAAAAAGCGUCAUCACCGUGCCAGACAAGUUCAAACGAUGUGAGCCGUAAGCAACCUUUUCUACAAAGAAAAAAAAAACCCACACUACCGCAACACCGGAACAGGACGAUAACAGUAACUCAACUUCAACAACAGCAACAACAACAACAACAAAAAACACACACAAAAGAAAAAAGAAAAAAGAAAAAGGGAAAAUCUAACGGAAAAGCAAAAAGUAAAGCAACAGUAGCAAAGAGAAGAGAAAUAAGACGAAAAAACAAACAGCAAAAAAAAACCAACAUACAAACAAGGUUCAGUCUUCUAUGAAUUGUGACACGUCGGUACAGCGCACCGUAGCACGAAGGCCGCACGGAAAAUGUCCACUCUGAAGGAACGCAACAAAAUGUGCCAUUCUAAUUUAAUAUUCAUCGUGCUCUUCAUUUGUACUGAUUAUGUAACGGGCGAUAUCAGUACAUCCUUAGCCUUAAGUAAGUUGAACUCUGGUGCAACAUUUUUCGCUGGACCAUACCUAGACGGGAGCGGCGUUAGCAAUGUAACUACACAAAUCGGAACACAUGCAUAUCUGCCGUGCAAGGUGAAACAGCUAGGGAACAAAUCUGUUUCGUGGGUACGAGUGAGAGAUGAUCACAUUCUCACAGUGGACAGAAUGACAUUUAUAGCCGACGAGCGCUUUCAAUCAUUCUACGUGGAGAGCAGCGGCGUAUGGACGCUGCAGAUCAAAUACGUGCAGGCCCGUGACGCUGGCAUUUACGAGUGUCAGGUGUCGACGGAACCGAAAAUCAGCGCCCGAGUACAUCUGCAUGUCGUUGUGCCAAGAACCGAGCUUAUAGGGGACUCCGAUCGCUACGUCAAGGCCGGCAGUGCCGUCAUCCUGCGAUGUGUGGUACGGGGCGCCCUCGAGCCACCUUCCUACAUCAUCUGGUACCACGGUACGCAGCAGAUCUUCACCGAAAGCCGGCGCGGCUGGAAGACACAGCUGGAUCGCGGUGCACCCGAUCUGGACGGAGACAUACACAGUACGAUUGGUUCGCUGAUAAUAGAAUCGACGAGAAAGAAGGACUCCGGAAAUUACUCCUGCAGCCCAUCCAACAGUCCACCGAUCACUGUCUCACUGCACGUUAUCAACGGAGAAUCGUCUGCAUCCGCUGUCACGUCAUCGGCAAGAUCGCUGUUUGAUGACAGCAUAUCGAUGUUCAAGCAGCGCAAUCUACAGAUUCUACUCCGGCAUAGGUCAUUUGUUAUGCUACUUGUAUUGGUUAUCUAUGCUCAGCUAAGCUGUCAUGUGAACUAUAGUCUUUAAGUAUAACGUUAGCGUAUUAAGCCAGAAUUAGACAAGCAACAUAAAAGUGGUGAAAAGAGAGAAGAAGAAAGCACCGUAUCCACGAAAGCAAGUAAACGAAACAGAAUACCUAAGUGGAUAAGUAAUGAAAGAGAGAGAGAAAGAGGAAACUAUUAAAAAAAAUCAAACAACAGCAAAAACACGCGAAGCGAAAGUAAAGAUAAGUUAAAUACAAAAAGGAAAAACAUAUGAAAACAAAACAAAAAAAUAAACUCGAACAAGUAAAGGUAAUUCGAAAAUCAUCCACGUCCAUUCUCUAUCGCUAAAUACACACUUAAGAAAGGUAAGAUGCACCGCCCCCCGGUUGGGGGGGUAAGGCGUUCCAUUGUCCGGGUGGAACGGCGAUGAUGUGAAAAAUUUUGCUCAUAUAAACCAACAACAACUCACACACACACACAAAGAAGGAACAAAAAAGUGAAAACGUAAAACAAACGAAUCGUGACAAGCUACAAGGUAGGAAUGAUGAUUUGGGGGUGGGAUGAGUGAGUGAGUGAGAAAACUCUUCGCCCAACAACACAAACCCACAAUUCAAUGGAGCUCAUUCGUGACUGAUAAAACAAACAAACAAACAAACGAAAGAAGAAAAAAAACGGGGAAAUGUUUCAGUAAAGUUUUGUUUAGAGAUGGGAAUGCAAAAAAAAAACAAACGGAAGAAGAGGGAGAAAAAACAUUAACCGAGGGACUGAGAGAUCGUUGGUGAACAAUAUUCCAGGUAUUGCUUUGGUUUUUGGGGUUGAAGUAGCUAAGCUAAGGUUCAAAGGGCUCGAUGCGCAAAGCUGCUGGUAGAAAGGGCCCCAGCCCCAGCAAAAAAAAAACGGACUGAUAAAGAUGACGUUAAGUAGGUGAAGCACCUGCAGAUUGUUUUAUACUCUUUCGUUUUUCGCUCUCGCACUCUCUCUCUCUCUCUCUUUCUCUCUGAUUAUUUGUUGCCGGUAGCGGAAGAUGCUCCAAUACCCCAGGAAACUCCGGUACGGCAAAAAGAGCUGUGGUCACUUGAAGGUUGAAUAGACAGAAAUGGUCCACAGCUCCUUGCGAGCGUUCUCGUUGAUUUGGGGUUAUUUAUAUGUUUUUCGUCCCCCGAAAACGAACUGUACUAUAACAAGCAAAAAAAAAAAAAGACAGCAAGAACUGGAUAGCACAAACCGUACGAAAUGCGGGGGGCACCCAGCAUGUGGAUGGGUGGAUGGGUGGGAAAACAAAAACACACCUUCCAACGCACUCCCAUUGCUCGUUUUUUCCACUGACCAUCCCCCCCGUGUAAAGCCUUCGUUGCCAUGGUACUCGCUGAUCGUGCUGUUCGCUCCAUUGCUGCUCCAUCUAGUUCCAAUUUCGUUAAGCAAGUCCCCAAAACUUUACUCCAUCAAUGUCAGUUUUUCUGCACUUGCUCCUGGGUGAGGAAAAAAUAAAGAUCAAAAUAUCCUACUCCAUUCCAGUUAUCGCCGGAGUUUUUCGGGGAGGAACCUGGCCCACAGUCCUUGGUGUAUACUCGAUAACCCGGUUGAACUUUUGUGGGGAGGUUUGUUGGUUUUUUUUUGGUUUGUUUUUGGUCGCCACGCCCGUAUAUGUGUGGGGUUUUUGCUAUUCGAUCAUGUCGUUAGCGUUGGGGCUAACGUAAGUGGGAUACCGAGGUGAUGAUGACGCGUGAGAAGUCUGGGGUGAUGAUGAAGGGCAUAUUUUUGUUUCAACAUAAGUUCCCAUACUGCAAAUAUGGCAAGGUAUGCGUACAGUGUAUGAAAAUAUGAUCUAGCCGUAUUUUGUUGUUAUCGUCCCUGCCGAGGCUUGUGGCAUAACUUUCCCAGCAUUGAUAACUGUUGACUUGGGCGAAAACGAAACAUAGCGGUCCUGUUGCGGUCGGUAACCCGUCGGUGGCCACCGAGCGGGACGGGGCAUUGACACAAACAGAAACACACGGAAAAACACUCACCCGAAAAUUUGGUACACGUUGGGUGUGGAGAGUACGUAAGGUUGCGUGCAUAAGCAGAUAAACCGAAACCGAAAAUCAUCGUUAGCAAAGUCCUACUGAUACGUUAAUAUAAAUAAUCAUUUUAUUGAACCAACACGGUAAACGAUACAAAGCAAGCAAAAAGAAAGAAACAUUAUUAAAGAAAAAAAAACAACACAUGUGUAAGAAACAAACAAAAAAUAAACAAAAAACCCAACAAAACACACGAUAACCGAUAACAAAGCGAAGCAGAAGGUAAAUUUAAAUGACAAAAGAGGAGAAAAGCAGAGAACAAAAAAGAAAAAAAAAACAAUUGUCACACAUUCACUCACAAGUUAUACUCUAUGAGCGAUAGUAUGGUUUUGACAGUUGGAGGCGCC